UCUAUCCAAAAUUUUCUCAAAGUUACAGUUCUCAGAAGACAACAAGAACAACGUAAGGGCUUUCAAGAUUCCUAAAGGAACUAAAAGAAGAAAAAUCCACAAUGAAGAGAUACCAGUCAGUGGCUCUGGUUCUUCUGCUACUUGUAGCUUUCUUUAGCAACAAGCACACCGUAGAGGGACGUUCUCUGUUAAGGAUGACACAUUCUAGUCAAGCUGUGAGAGAUUUGAAUACAAGCAAGGAGAUGAAGGAAGGAAAGCCGCUUAGAGGAGAAAAUGAUAGCUUCCGAAGAAUCCCAAAGAGUGGCUCAAACCCUAUACAGAACAAGUACAACAUACCUAUAGUUGUUCAAGGAAGUAGGAAACAUCAGAUCACUACAGCAGUAAAACCUUAAAUCUUAAAUUAUUUUGCCUUUCUCUUUUCCUUGUUAGAUCUUUUUGUUUCUUUUUUCUUGUAGAAUAGGUAACUAGAUUUGUUUCUAAAUGCUGUAAUCUACUUGAAAUAUAUGA